ACAAGAUAGAUAAGUUUAUAAAGCCAUACCUCCAUCACGCACUCUUCAUCAUUCCUCUUGUGACCCUCUCCUUCUCAUUCUCCCUGUUGACCGCUUCUGUUGACCACUUUCCCUGUUGACCACUUCAGACCACCACUCUCAACCAAAAAAAUAUUCGUAAUAACAAAGAAAAACUACCUCAACAACAGCAACAACCACUUUGACUUAACAUCCAUAGUUCCCAGUGGAAGAUGGCCGCCAAACUGCAAGCACCCUAUCUGACUCCGCUCGACCCGGAGACCAGCCAUCGCUUAUCAGCAAAACAACUUGAAGCACUUGCAGCCUUACAAGAUCAAUUUGAUGUCGAUAAGGAUAAGCUGCAAGUGAUCGUCAACCAGUUCCAGAAUGAAUUCAAGAUCGGAUUGGAACAGGUUCUCCACAUUGAUACCGCCACCACUAACGAUGCACCACCUAAUCAUCAGCAGCAACAGCAGCAGCCACCACAGAAGCAGGAGAACCACAAAUCCGGAGCAUCCUUAUCCUCAGAAGAUCAAACCCAGAAAUCGCGUGGAUCGAAGAAUAACAGUACUCAGAAAUCAUGCCAAGUCACCCUACCCAUGUUACCGACGUUUAUUCACGACGUGCCGAAUGGAGAGGAAAAAGGAUUGUUCUUGGCGUUGGAUCUCGGUGGGACUAACUUGAGAGUCUGCGAAGUUCGUUUAAAUGGGGACAAAACAUUCUCGAUCAAGUCGGACAAAUAUCUUCUAUCAGAUGAAAUCAAAACGGGUACCGCAGAAGAAUUGUUCGACUACAUCGCAGAUUGUGUGAAAGCCUUCUUACUCCAAUUGGGACAUGUAUUAAGUGACGACGAGAAACUUCAUCUAGGAUUCACGUUCAGCUUCCCGGUCCUUCAGAGUGCAUUGGCCGAAGGGAAAUUGAUGGAUUGGACGAAGGGGUUCAAAGCUUCCGGCGCGAUCGGCUUUGAUAUCGUCAAGUUAUUGCAGGACGCAUUGGAGAAGAAAAAAGUGCCUGUUCAUUGUAAUGCCCUAGUGAAUGAUACGACUGGAACGUUGAUGGCACGAGCAUACCAAUCUGGCACGGCACUAGUGGGAGCCAUCUUCGGAACGGGCACUAAUGCCGCGUAUGUCGAGCGGCUAUCGGCUGUCACGAAAUUGAGUGGGCAUCAGUCACCGACGUUCCAAAAGGCGGAGAAGAUGAUCAUCAAUACUGAAUGGGGAGCGUUUGAUAACUCGAGAAACGUAUUGCCAGUGACAAAGUAUGACAACAAGCUAGACCGCGAGUCGAUCAAUCCGCGUAAACAGGCGUUCGAAAAGAUGGUCUCGGGGAUGUAUCUAGGAGAGCUAACGCGGAAUGUGUUGAUGGACAUGAUUGACGAAGGAGUAUUAUUUGAAGGACAUUCGACGGAGAAGUUGAACCGCCACUACGGAUUUGACACGGCACUGAUGAGCCAGAUCGAUGGGGGAGGGGUGUUAAGUUUGAGCGGGAAGGGACGCGAGGAGCAUCUGCGGAAGAUCGAAGAGGUGAUGCGGGGCCAAUUCGGGCUGGGGGAUCGGGCCAUCGGCAAUCUGGCGGACUGGAUCGUGAUCAAACGGGUCUGCGAGAUCGUCGCCACUCGUGCCGCCCGGCUCUCCGCCGCAGCCAUUGCCACAGUCAUCAAACAGACUCAGGCUGACUCGGCAUCCAGUCUCUCUAAGAAUCAGAAAAUCUCAAUCGGCGUCGAUGGAAGUCUUAUCGAACGUUACGAAAACUUCAUCGAUAGACUUAAACGUGGCUUGAAGGACCUCUUCGAUGAGCAGGUGUAUACGAAAAUCGAAAUCGAACUCGCCAAAGAUGGCUCUGGUGUUGGCGCUGCUCUCUGCGCUCUCCAGGCUAAAAAACAGGAGGACGAAUUAUCGCUCAACUCCAAGGUUCAGAACAUCUCGAUCUGAAAAAAAAAACAAGAACAAACCUUGUUUCACUUAAGGAAAAUUCACCAUACAACUCACUCUUUUUGUGGAAUUCUGAUCUUCCCUCUCUUACUUUGAGAUGAAAAACUUAAAU